AUGUUCCCUCCCGUUGAGCAAAAGAUCCUGCAGAGCAACCCGGAGUUUGCAAAGCUCUAUCGAGUCAUCACCACAGCCAUCUUGAACCCGGAUGGCUCGACUAAAGAGGAUGACGAGGCCAAAGAUCGAGCCACGGUACAAAAGAACCUAGACAAACACCGCCAGAAAGCUGCAAAGCACUACCUCCUAGAACGCGCCAUCGCAACCGCCACGCCUCCCGAGCCAAAGUCCUCCUCAUCAGCAUCUACAAGACUCUCCAGAGCCAGCGAGCGUCUCCAGCAGCGACAAUCUCAAUCUUCAGCCGAAUCCACCCCCGAAGCGCUCCUCGAUCUCCUUCUCAUCCUCCCCUCGUUCCUCGAUGCCGUCGACACGCUCCCCCACGAAUCAAUCAACUUGCUGCUUUCCAGCCCUCCGCUCUCCGACUUUGAAACUCUGCUGCCCGACCUUGCAGACUUGAUAUCUUCGAAUCUUCAUGCCUCCGCCCUGGGUCUCGCUCGCUUCGCCCAUCCCGCUACGAACCCUACUUACCUCCAUCGUCACAUCGCCUCUCUCCCAAAGGACUUUGCCGCUCUCAACGCUAGCCUGUCUGCCGCUGAAGAAGCCCUAAAAGCAGCCCGCAUACGCACCGUUACAUCUCUCACUAGUCUCCUUCAAACUUUCUCGGAAUGUCUGACUUGCCUUGUGCGGUCUCUCGAGGCAAAGCACGGUGUCAUUGCUCGUAGCCUGGAGCUUCGCGCAUCGGAUAUUUCGCUUGAGGCGCAGCGCGCGGAGAAGCAGGCCGAGCAGACCAUGUGGAAGCUUCGAAAAGAGGUAUACACGCCGGAGAGCAUAUCCGCACUGCAGCAUUAUGUCACUCAUUUGAAAGAUGCAAACGCACGCAUCACGGAAAGGGCCCGGAAGCUGCAGGCCGAUUUAGAAGCUCAUGAUGAGCAUUCUCGUAGUGAGACGACGGAAGACGACGAUGAUGAUAGGUCAUCCAGAGGCGUGCCCCCAUUGUACAAAGAUGUUGGGAAGCGCGUGGAAGAGGCCAAGAGAGAUAUGGACCGAUUACGACUUCAUGAUUUAUGA